GUUGGGCGGGGCAGGGAGUUAGUUGCAGCCUCUGGGUAAACUGGGAGCCGGCGGCCAAAUUUGCGGCGGCCGGGGGCGGCAGGCGGGCGCGUAGCAGAUCCCGGAUCCGGAAUUUCCAAUAUAGGAGCGGAAUCAGGAUCGGCUCUAGCUCAAACCGGGUCAGUGAGCAACUCGCGAACUUGGAUUAGGAAAUCCCGGAACCAGGAUCAACAAACCCCAGAAUCCGGAUUGGCAGAACCCGGAAUUUACAUCGGAAAGUCCCGGAGAACGGACCGCGGAGCGGAUUCGGCGCGAAGCCCGGAGUCCGGAUCGCAACACCGCCGGACGGGACGGAGCGAUGUCGGGUCGUGGCGCGGGCGGGUUCCCGCUGCCUCCACUGAGCCCCGGCGGCGGCGCAGUGGCCGCGGCCCUGGGGGCGCCGCCUCCCCCCGCGGGACCCGGCAUGCUCCCGGGAUCGGCGCUCAGGGGACCAGGACCGGCUGGAGGCGUAGGGGGCCCCGGGACCGCCGCCUUCCGUCCCAUGGGGCCCGCGGGCCCGGCAUCGCCGUACCAGCGGCCUGGCAUGUCACCAGGGAGCCGGAUGCCCAUGGCUGGCUUGCAGGUGGGACCCCCCACUGGCUCCCCAUUUGGCACAGCUGCCCCACUUCGACCUGGCAUGCCACCAGCUAUGAUGGACCCAUUCCGAAAACGCCUGCUUGUGCCCCAGCCCCAGCCCCCGAUGCCUGCCCAGCGCCGGGGGCUAAAGAGGAGGAAGAUGGCGGAUAAGGUUCUACCUCAGCGAAUUCGGGAGCUUGUCCCCGAGUCUCAGGCGUACAUGGAUCUCUUGGCUUUUGAGCGGAAGCUGGACCAGACCAUUGCUCGCAAGCGGAUGGAGAUCCAGGAGGCCAUUAAGAAGCCUCUGACGCAAAAGCGGAAGCUUCGGAUCUAUAUUUCCAACACAUUCAGCCCCAGCAAGGCUGACAGUGACAGUGCAGGAACUUCAGGGACCCCAGGGGGAACCCCCGCAGGGGACAAGGUGGCUUCCUGGGAACUCCGAGUGGAGGGCAAACUGCUGGACGAUCCCAGCAAACAGAAAAGGAAAUUUUCUUCCUUCUUUAAGAGCCUCGUCAUCGAGUUGGACAAGGAGCUGUAUGGGCCUGACAACCACCUGGUGGAGUGGCACCGGUUGCCCACCACCCAGGAGACAGAUGGCUUCCAGGUAAAACGGCCUGGAGACCUCAAUGUCAAGUGCACGCUUCUACUCAUGCUGGAUCAUCAGCCUCCCCAGUACAAGUUGGAUCCUCGAUUGGCAAGGCUGCUGGGAGUGCACACACAGACGAGGGCCGCCAUCAUGCAGGCCCUGUGGCUUUAUAUCAAACACAACCAGCUGCAAGAUGGACAUGAGCGCGAGUAUAUCAAUUGCAACCGCUACUUCCGCCAGAUCUUCAGUUGUGGUCGACUCCGUUUCUCCGAGAUCCCCAUGAAGCUGGCUGGGUUGCUGCAGCAUCCAGACCCCAUUGUCAUCAAUCAUGUCAUUAGUGUGGACCCUAAUGACCAGAAGAAAACUGCCUGCUAUGACAUUGAUGUGGAAGUGGAUGACCCACUAAAGGCCCAGAUGAGCAAUUUUCUGGCCUCUACCACCAACCAGCAGGAGAUCGCUUCCCUUGAUGUCAAGAUCCACGAGACCAUUGAGUCCAUCAACCAGCUGAAGACCCAGAGGGACUUCAUGCUCAGCUUUAGCACUGACCCCCAGGACUUCAUCCAGGAAUGGCUCCGUUCCCAGCGCCGGGACCUCAAGAUCAUCACUGAUGUGAUUGGGAAUCCUGAGGAGGAGAGACGAGCUGCUUUCUACCACCAGCCUUGGGCCCAGGAAGCAGUGGGGAGGCAUAUCUUUGCUAAGGUGCAGCAGCGCAGGCAGGAACUGGAACAGGUGCUGGGAAUUCGCCUGACCUAACUGCUCAGGGAGCUUUACCUUUCUUCCCAGCUCUGGAGCCAUCCCUUGCUCAGCCCGGAAGGGGACCACCCUCUGGGUCCUGGCUGGGCCACCGACACGUAGGAUAAGGAUGGGGUGAGGAAUGUCUCCUACCCCCCAACUUUAGUUUCAUAAAUGUAGUGGUAGGAUUCCUUGUUGCUUGGAUCCCCAAAGCCUUAUUACUUUAUGCAUUGGCUUUAAUUGGGUUCAUAACAAAUGCCUCCUCUGCCCCCUGCAGGCAGGCCCAGGUAGGACUGCUGGAGGCUGUGCUGGGACAUUGUAACUGAGACAUUUCAGAACCAAAGGCUGCUGGGUUUGCAUGUUUACAGACUCCCCCUUGGGGCUGUGGGGAGCUGGGCAAGGAAGGGGGCACAGCCUAGACUCUUCCUAGCCUUCCUAAACCAAAGUUCUUUGCCAUUCCUACAAGCCCAGCCUUGCUGCUGGUUUUUUUUUUUCCUUUCCUUUGGGUAUUUGCACUAUUUGGGGAGCAGGUUUUUCUAUGCGGGAGCCACUUUUUUUUGUACAGGGGUUAAGUUGGGGUUUUUCAGGGAGCCCUAUUUGGUGCCUCCUCCCUUGUUUUCUUUCCUCAAUCUAUGCAAGCGGCUCCGGCUGCCAUCAUCUCCUGGGGUGCCAGAGGGCUUGCCACCCCAGCUUCUUGGUCCCAGAGAGGUAAUGCCUCAUAGAGAGAAGGGACACUCCAGUUCUCUAGCAUGGCUUGAAGUAUGGGUGUGUGCAUGGUGAGGGGCAAUAAGGUGAGGGGGGAGAGGAUUGUUGUUGCCCUUUAGAGGUGGGUAAGGAGGGUGGGCCGAGGGCUUGGCAAGUGCCACUUCUGGCGGGUUUGGAAAUUUCCAAAUAAAUCCUUUUGU